GGAAGCGCUUCCUUCCCAGGUAGCCGUGGGCCGCAGCUAUUUGGCCUCUCUAGGCCGGUGGGUCCUCCGCUCCAUGGUCCUGUCUGUCAGCGCAGUUUCAGGAGUCCACCGCCGAGGCCCGGCCGCGCUCGGACGCUUCGAUCCUCGAGCCGGUCGCGGGUAGUCCGGCGGCCGCGCGACGAUGGCGUGGCGGCACUGACAGGCGCGGGUGGCUGCCGAGCCCCGCGGGCCGGCAUGGCGGGCCAGUUCCGCAGCUACGUGUGGGACCCGUUGCUGAUCCUGUCGCAGAUCGUGCUCAUGCAGACGGUCUACUAUGGCUCUCUGGGCCUGUGGCUGGCGCUAGUGGACGCGCUCGUGCGCAGCAGCCCGUCCCUGGACCAGAUGUUCGACGCGGAGAUCCUGGGCUUUUCCACCCCUCCAGGCCGGCUCUCAAUGAUGUCCUUCGUCCUCAACGCCCUCACCUGUGCCCUGGGCUUGCUGUACUUCAUCCGGCGAGGGAAGCAGUGCCUGGAUUUCACUGUCACGGUGCAUUUCUUUCACCUCCUGGGCUGCUGGCUCUACAGCUCCCGUUUCCCCUCGGCGCUGACCUGGUGGUUGGUCCAAGCUGUGUGCAUUGCACUCAUGGCCGUCAUCGGGGAGUACCUGUGCAUGCGGACAGAGCUCAAGGAGAUCCCCCUCAGCUCAGCCCCUAAGUCCAAUGUCUGAGUUGGGCCCUUUGGACACUCUGCUGCCACUUGGGCCCCAUCACCUUGGGGUGCUCAGACCUCCAGAUGGGGUCCAGCCCAAGGCUGAGAGGAACCCUGGAAAUGUGAAGUCUGUUGGUGGAGAGAUAGUGAGGUCCCGUCAUAAAGGCAGGUAGCAGCCAUGAUCACAGAUGCAAGAAUGGCUUCUGCCUGCCAAAGCCUUGAUCUCUGGAGGCCAGUAAGGGACCUCAUGGAGGUAGUGACAGAUUUGGAACCAUGUCACACGAGCCAUCAUACUGUCACCAGCCUGUUAUUUUAAAAAGAAAACAAAAUCAAGGAUAUCUGAUUGGAACAAACCACUCUUCUCGUCGUCUGUCUUACGCCCUGACAGCUGGUACCUUUGCCGUGUUGCCAAACCACAGGGAUUCUGUGUGGAGAAACAUUUGAUUUCUGGGUCCAUAGCCACAGAAAGAGAUGUAGGUACAAAGUACUAGGCUGCUGACAGAGGACGGCAGGUGGAGCAGGCAUCAAGCACAAGAAAAAUGCACAGCUGUGCCCUGUUACACAUUGUGUGUGUGUGUGUGUGUGUGUGUGUGUGUGUAUGAAAGUCCAAGAACCCAUGACUACUUCCUCACGCAAGAAAAAUGCACAGCUGUGCCCUGUUACACAUUGUGUGUGUGUGUGUGUGUGUGUGUGUGUGUAUGUGUAUGAAAGUCCAAGAACCCAUGACUACUUCCUCACACAAGAAAAAUGCACAGCUGUGCCCUGUUACACAUUGUGUGUGUGUGUGUGUGUGUGUGUGUGUGUGUGUGUGUGUGUGUGUGUGUAUGAAAGUCCAAGAACCCAUGACUACUUCCUCCUGUUCCCUGUAUGGACUCUACCUUGCUGCUGGCUCUCUGCACAGCAACUCACAGGACACAGAAGAUCCCAGCAUCCCUUCCAGCCUUAGCUUCAUAAUAAAAGCCACUGUCUGCUCUCUAGAGAUGACCAGGCACCCAGCUUCUACUGGACCUCAGUUGUGGCAAGAGUUUGCUUGCUCUCUUGUUUGUAUGCUGCAAUGGGGAGAGUAUACUAACAGUGCUGGCAGCUAAGGCUGGAGCUUUCUUCCAAGUGGUUUCCUCUGUGAGAGCUGGCAGCUGUCCUUCCUAGGUACAUAAAUACACUGUUUUCCAUACUU